GGCCGGGAGCGCCCGGUGCCGGCGGCGGCGCUGGGGGGCGCGGGGCUCGGUCCCCGCCCGAGCGCGGCCCCGCUGCGCGGAGGAUGAGCUGCGGCCGGCCCAAGGACAUGGAAGCCGCUGCCGCUCACUUCAGCUUCUGCCGCAGCCUCCUGGAGCACACGGUGUCGGCCGAGAACCUGAGCUACCGCCUGCAGAGGACGGCGGGCAGCAGCCUCACGUGGCACGACGGCCGGAGCCAGCGGCCUGACGGCGGCCGCACCGUCAAGCUCCUGCGGCAGCCGGGCACCGAGGGCUCGCAGGGCCGUGCCUGUGACCACUAUGGCAUCUACCACACCAGCCCCACGCUGGGCAGCCUGGCCAAGCCGGUGGUGCUGUGGACCCAGCAGGAUGUGUGCAAAUGGCUGAAGAAGCACUGCCCACACAACUAUCUUAUCUACGUGGAGGCCUUCUCCCACCACGCCAUCACAGGUCGGGCGCUGCUGCGGCUGAACGGGGAGAAGCUGCAGCGCAUGGGCAUCGCUCCCGAGGCGCAGCGCCAGGAGGUCCUGCAGCAGGUCCUGCAGCUCCAAGUGCGCGAGGAGGUCCGGAACCUGCAGCUGCUCAGCCAAGCUUCUUUUGGAAAUGUCUCCUAGCUGCUCCGUCUGUUUGGCAGAUUGCACCAACACUGUGACCCAGGCGCCGCUGGGAUGGGCUGUGCAGCGCCGGCACCAGACCUGAGCCACGUGCCUGGAAUACCAAGAGGCAGCUUCCCACCCGCUCCGGGCCUUCUCCUCCUUCUGCUUUCUCUUUCUUUGGCACAAACACAUUUCGGUGCAGAGAUGGAAGGUUUCCUCCAGCAGGAUGUUGGCUGGAGCAGAAUCAGCCAAACUGCCAUUGGGACAAACUUUUGCCCAUCUGAGGUGGAUGGAUCACAUGGAAAGAGAUGGGAAAGAGGAGAUGAUGACAGGCAGGGCUCAGCAUCAUGGACAACCCGAGUAUGGAUGUUCCAGGCGUGGCUCAGAGCCAUACACAGGACUGUGAAGCAUUAUGCACAUAUCCCAGCGCCCGGUGGCUCGUGUCCAUACCUCGGAGCUUAUUUAGGGAGCUUUAGUUUUCUCUUCUGGGCUGCCUUCCAGCGUCCUAGGAGGUAACUUAUCAGUAGCAGAUGAGAUGACAGGACCAGCCACCAGCGCCCAGCUCCCCCUGGGGAGUUGGAAAGGGACCUGAGCCAUCGGAGCUGGAAAACCCAGGAGCAAAAGCAGAAUGGAUGCCAGGAGCUCGCCCUUCAUCUGGCCUCAUGUGCGGGCAGAUGCGGGGUGAAAAUGUAGGGGUUGGGUGUUUGGGGGUGAGGUUGGGGUGCCAGGUCCCUCUGGGUCCCGAUGUCCAGUCAUGCUCCAUCCCGCACCCUCUGUGCUUCCAACAGCUCUCUGCAGAGCUCUGCUCCUCCAGGCAUUUGCAAUGUUCAUCCCAACACCCAGGAGCUGGUGAUGGUGCCACUGAACAGGCACCAUCCCAAUGACCCACCUCAUCAUUAAGGUGAAGCAGCGUUUGCUGUUACACCCCAUCACCACCCAAACCCCCAUGUCCGGAGCCACAGACCGCUCGCACGGGCAGGUAAGGAACAAGGAUGUGUAAAUCCAAGGGUUUGGGGCAAGGUGGAUGCUGCCACCUCCCCAUGUUCCCCCCCCAAUGCUGAAGGCAGGGCUGGGGGAUCCUGAAACAGCAGCACCCCGAAGCCCCUGGGGCAUGGGAGCUGGCAGGGUAUCAGAGGCAGGUCACCACCCGCCUGCUGCUCUGCUGGGAAUACAAUAAAAGACUGUUAUUUUAA